AUGAAAGACAUUUCUAAAAGUGGAACAUCUUUAAAACACACUUUAAGAAGUGUGGAUGUUGAAAAUGUUGCUGGAGGUGAUUUUGUUUAUGUUACUUUAAAAAGUGCACUUAGCAAUUAUGUAAAAUGCUUCAGAGAGCCAACAGAGUUUAAUCUUAUUGUAAAUGUUGGUGGCACUCGAAUAUACAAUAGUAAAAAAAAACAAAUGUGGCCUAUAUUGUGUACUGUAAACCAACAAGGUCCAUAUACAAUUGCUUUAUGGUAUGGCAAAGGAAAACCUACAAUUCUUAGAGAAUAUCUUGAAAAAUUUGUAGCGGAAAUAAAUUUUUUUUUUAUAAAUGGGUAUGUGGGCUUAAAGGUGAUGGUUAAGGCAUUUGUAUGUGAUGCAUCAGCCAGAGCAUUUUUAAAAUGUAUUAAAGGACAUAGUGGAUAUGACAGCUGUGAAAGAUGCCAAGAACAUGGUCAAUAUAAUAAAGACAUAAGGUUAUUAGGCACUAAAUCUUUAUUACGAGAUGAUAAAAAAUUAGAAGAAAAUUUUUAUUUAAAACACUAG